AUGAGUUUAGAAACGAGGAACAAGAAAGUCGCGGAGACGUUCGAGAAAUAUAAUAUUGGACAGUGGGGCAAUGGGAGCCUCUCAAGAUCGUGCGCACAAGUAGCAACUAACGUAGUCGAGCAAAAACACCAGGUGUCCAGAGCGAAGCGGAGUAAGGCUUUCGGCAGCAAAGCCUUCAGGGGCAGCACAGUAUGGUUCACGGGGCUCAGCGGGGCAGGGAAAACAAGUAUCGCGUUUGCGUUGGAGGCUUAUCUCGUUUCUAAAGGUAUUCCCGCGUACGGCCUGGACGGUGACAACGUCCGUACCGGUCUCAACAAGAACCUCGGCUUCAGCAAGGAAGAUAGGGAAGAGAACAUCAGAAGAGUAGCGGAAGUAGCCAAGCUGUUCGCCGAUAGUGGAGUCGUGUGCCUUUGCAGUUUUGUUUCGCCUUUCGCAGAGGACAGAGAGAUAGCGCGCCGCAUCCACACGGAUUCUGGUCUACCCUUCUUUGAAGUUUUUAUUGACACACCGCUAGAAGUUUGCGAACAGCGCGAUGUCAAAGGUCUCUACAAGAAGGCUAGAGAGGGACAGAUUAAGGGAUUCACAGGUAUCACCCAAGAGUAUGAAAGACCAGAUCAGCCAGAAUUGGUCAUCGAGACAGUUGGUCGCUCUAUAGAAGAGUCUACCAUGGAAGUUAUUAAACUUCUCGAAUCACAGGGUAUUAUACCCCACUAUGAAAGUGUGUCUGGUGCGAACGAAUUAUUUAUAUAUGGCAAUCGUCUCAGCUGUGCCAUCGAAGAAGCAACAAGAUUACCACAGAUACAUUUAACCAAACUAGACUUGCAGUGGGUACAAGUACUCUCCGAAGGCUGGGCAUAUCCCUUAAAAGGAUUUAUGAGAGAAACGGAAUAUUUACAAUCACUCCACUCCAAUUGUCUCACUCUACCCGAUGGUACGAUCGUCAACCAAUCUGUGCCGGUGGUGUUGCCAGUUAAGACUGAUGAUAAGGAGCGUUUGACUGGUUCCACUGCGAUCGCACUCGUGUAUGAAGGCAAGACGGUCGCUAUUUUGAGGGAACCGGAAUUCUACCCUCACAGGAAACAAGAGAGAUGUUCAAGGCAGUUUGGCAUCUUUCACACUGGUCAUCCUUAUAUUCAGAUGAUUGAAGAGUCUGGCGACUGGCUGGUUGGUGGAGCUCUGGAGGUGUUUGAGAGGAUCUGCUGGAACGACGGAUUAGACGCGUUCCGUCUAACUCCAAACGAACUUAAAGAAAAAUUUGAUGAUCUGGGAGCUGACGCUGUCUUCGCAUUCCAGUUACGUAACCCUAUCCACAAUGGUCACGCAUUGUUGAUGCAAGACACGCAACGUCAACUGACCGAGAGGGGAUAUAAGAAGCCGGUUUUACUUCUUCAUCCAUUAGGUGGCUGGACGAAGGAUGAUGAUGUACCGCUAGAAGUGAGAAUAAACCAGCACAAGGCUGUGCUGAAUGAAGGAGUAUUGGAUCCGAAUUCGACUGUGCUGGCCAUUUUCCCUUCACCCAUGAUGUACGCUGGACCCACUGAGGUGCAAUGGCACGCCAAGUGCCGUAUGAAUGCGGGGGCGAACCACUACAUUGUGGGCCGUGACCCGGCCGGGUUGCCCCAUCCGGAUGGAAGUGGCGACCUUUAUGACGCGAGACAUGGCGGUAUGGUACUCAAAAUGGCGCCCGGCUUGAACGACCUUGAGAUUAUUCCAUUCCGUGUGGCUGCGUAUGAUGCAUCUGCUGGUAAGAUGGCCUUCUUCGAUCCUACAAGAAAAGAAGAUUUUGACUUCAUUUCCGGAACUAGAAUGAGAGGUCUAGCCAGAACAGGCAAGGAACCACCAAAAGGCUUCAUGGCACCAUCUGCUUGGAAAAUCCUCUCAGAGUACUACCAGUCACUCAAAGCGAAGAUGGACACAAACUGA